CACUGGGAAGUGACAGCAGCAAUAGCGGCAUCUCCUUCCUGGGAGAGUGAGGGGGACUGCCCCUCGGUACAACUUCCAGCCGACCGGGAGCGGACCCAGACGAUGCGAGGGUACCCGACGUAGAACCCCCUGGUCUGGAGGUCCUGGCCGAAGGUGUCCUGCGACAGAAAAGAGCGACUUCUGUGGUCUGAGUGCAAUGGAGCCCAGGAAGCAUCUGUCAGGGAGGAGAGUCAGGUCUCUGGAUACGUCACAGAGCCCCAAGAAGGUCCGCCGGUGCUUCUCCCUGCCCACUACCCCCUCCAGGAAGAUGCUUCACCAGGCAGCCAGCGAUGGGAGCAGAUGUCCCCAGAGCCCAGCUCAGUCUGUGGAAGCUCAGGAUGCCACGGCCACAGCCCACAGCCUGGAAGAGACCAGGGAGUUUCUUCCCACUGACCAGAGGCUGCCACAGGACACCAAGAAGGAAAAGACCCAGAGACGGGGCCAGCAGGGGUGGCUGAAGACCUUGAUGAACUUCCUCCUGAGGACAGGCCCGGAAGAGCCCAAAGAAAAGGCCAGCCGGAAGGCAAAAGGGAAGGAGGGCCUCCCCAAGCCUGCAGAAACCCCGGAGGCACCAGGGGAGACAGCUCCGAGGAAGAAAGCCCACGACAAGAAGGCCAGUCGCAAGAAACACAGUCACAAGAAACAUGUUGCUGAGGAAACCAAGGGGGCCCAAGACCAGGAGGCCGAAGGCCAAGAGAUAGGGCUGCCCAAGAUGGCUGCCGCCCCACGCCCUGAGGAGGCUGACCUGGGCCCAGCACCCAAGGGUGGGAAAGGUUCUGGUCUCCACCAGUCCUUGCUCAUUGAAGCUGGGGGUCCUGCAGCAUCCGAGGUUUCUUCUCAAGCCACAGGUCAUCGGCCCGAAGAGGAGCUCAGAAAGCUUGACCAGGAUAAAAUCAUCAAGAUGAUAGUGGAAUUCCUCCAAAAAGUGGGAGACCAGUGGGAAGAAGAGCAGCUUCAAGCUCCUCAGCCAGAGGUGGUUGUACAGAUUCCAGUGUCAGUUGACAGGAAGAAAUUCCAAGAGAAAAAGUCUAGCUUCAAGAGAGCGUUUUCUCAUAAGAAACAUGGCUCUGAGGAGGCUAAGAGAGCCGGGCCUGCAGACGUUUCCAGCCCGGAGUCCCGGCCACCCAAGAGGCCCAGCUUUCUCCCCCUGUGUGUUGGGGGCCAUCAGCCCUCCACCUCCAGCAGCCCUGGCUCGGAGGAACCCAAAGUCCAAGAGGUCCUGCCUACAGACAGCGGGGGUCUGAGUCCCUUGGAGCUUUCCACCCCAGCAGGGAGCCAGGGACCCGAAGAGGACUUGCAGGCGAACAGAGCCUUGGAAUUCAGAGAAUUCAUCCAGAAGAUCAUUGCCCUACUCCAGGAUGCGGAAGAGCAGGGGGGAGAGCUUCGAGUCCAGGAACCAGAGGUGGCUGUAGAAAACCUGUCCCCACCCUACAGAAGGAGAUCCCAAGAGAAGAAGUCCAGCCUCAGAAAAGCUUUUUCUUAUAAGAGACAUGGCCCCAAGGAGUCCAGGAGAGCGGGGGCCGCAGGUGCUGCCAGCCCGGAGUCCCGGCCGCCCAAGAGGCCCAGCUUUCUGCCCCUGUGUGUGGGGGGCCAUCAGCCCUCCACCUCCAACAGCCCCGACCUGGAAGAUGUCGAGUUCCAGGAGUCCUCACCUGCAGAAGAGACACCUGUGGGGUCCUCAGACACGCCCUCCCAGACCAGAAGUCACCAGCCAGAGGGGGGACCUCAGCCAGAUGGAGUGUUCGAAUCUAAGGAGCUGGUCAUCCAGAAUCUGGUGGCCCUUCUCCAAGAAGUGGAUGGCCAGUUGGGGGAGCAGAUCAGGCGACAUCCCAGCUUCAAGAGGUUUUUCUACAAGGUCUCGGACUCCUCCCUCAGGAAGCUGGCAGCCACCCUGCACAGCCAGAAAGCCUGCUCUACUGAGCUGGGCAGGAACCUCACCAAGAGACCCUACCAGCUUGCCUUUGGCUUCACUAACAAAUUUGCCAGCAACAAUAGCCACGCUGUCUUCAGCCUCAUGGGCCUGUGCUACAGCCACGCCAGUUACACCCACUUCCCGUACAGGGAGGCCCAGCAGAACAUCACAAAUCCUGAGAGCCAGAGUCCAGAUUAAGAGCUGUGCUUUGCACUCAAGUUCCCUUGAGCUAUCAAACGAUGGCGGCUUUGACCAGGAGCCUCUGAAGAUGCCUCACGAUAGCCCAAUCCAGUGCUUCACAGACAUGAAUGAAGACGAGAGUGGAUGGCCACCUGUGUCCCUGAGCCCUUGUGGGCUCUCUGAGACUGAGAUACACAAAGCGUUCUUAACUGGAGGCAGAGGCCAUGUUAGCCGAAGGAGCUGGGGAGGACUGGGGAGGUGGGAGACCAGAGCUCCGCCGGCUGACCUGCCCCAAACUUGCUGUGAGACCCUGUACUUGUGUGUCCUCCUCUCCAGACCUUGGAUUCUGGGCAAGACUAUGUGACCCAUCGGACCCCUUCUGACUCUAUCAUGCUGAAAUCUCCCUAAAGGGGGGCCGUCGGUGCUUUCAUGCUGUGGCCAAAUACACCCCACAGAGCUGGAGACGGUCUUUAAGUCUUCGUUGGAUGCAUGAACGAAUGAGGGAGAGAGCUCCUGAGAUCGCUCCUGAGAUCCAGGCAAUUCUAGCAGGCAUUCCUUGGGAGGCCUUGGUCCUCCACUGGAACUGUGGAACCAGUCAUUCUCUCUCUAAAUUGGGGUUUAGGGAGGAAAUGGGGAGCUACCUUGACUCAAGCCUUUGCAUUUUGGGGCUAACCCUAAUACCGACUUAUGUGCCCUUUUCACAUUCAUGUAUUUUCUUGCUCCACAGGGGCCCAAAUCAUGCCCCACUAUCACGUGGAAGUCCUGCUGGCAUUUUUAAAAUGUUAAUUUCAAAUGAGUCUUAGUUUUUUAAAAUAAAUUUUUGUUUAAUCUCUCACCAGAGUGCCCAAAGGAUUCAUGCAUUUAAACAGAUGUGCAUCUAUAUGCAACAAAUAAUUUAUUCAGUGCACCAAUGGUACUUAAUGCCCAUAUGGAUUUGUAGACGCCUCUCAGGAAGUCUGCAGGCCUCAGAUAGAGAAGACCUGCGGAUUGGGGAUCCCUGGCCUCUCAGAAUCCUUCCAACCCUGUGUCCCAGAAUUCUUUGUUCAGAGAAGUGAAGCUCAUGCCUUGCACCUCUCCCAUAUCAUGCCUUGCCAAGAGUCAGUGAGAAGAUGCAUGUAAAGAGUUCUGAAAAUUACAUAGUGCCUUGUCCAUGUAUGGUAUUAUUAUAGUUAUGAUCUGGGUAGUUUUCAGGAAAUGAGGGAAGACUUUAAGGUGGAUUGCCAUGGAUGGUUACACGGACGUGCACUGCUCAAGAACACCAUACCCCAGGAAGUGCUAUUCACUUCCUAGACAUUGUAGAUUUGUAGAUUUA